CUUUCUAUUUUUCUCCGGUUUGAAAUUUCUUUUUUUUUCUCUUUUGCAGAGAGAGAGUGAGGAGAGAUAGGGUCUGAAGCUAGAGAGAGAAAGCGAGGAAGCCCCUUCCUAUCGGCCGUAUCUCCUCUGUAUACAUGUCGGAUAAAGGUGGGCCACUGCCAAAAUUUGGUGAAUGGAAUGUUAAUGAUCCGGCUUCAGCUGAGAGGUUCACAGUGAUAUUCAACAAGGCCAGGGAUGAGAAGAAGACAGGUGGCAACCCUCGUGGCCCUGAGUCCCCAGGCAAGGAGCAUGGAUCUUUUGCCAAGUCCAAUUCUAAGAAAUGGUUUUGUUGCUUGCAACCCCACAAGGUGGAGUCGUGAAAAGGAGGAUGAUCUCACUUCUAUCCGCACUUGUUUUUUGAGUCUUUGAUGUGAAUGCCCUUCCUUUACAAAAUUUGACUCUUGUUGGUUUGCUGUGUUUCUCUUUCUACUUUCUCUCUCUCCCCCCCCUGUGGCUGCUUUUGUAAUAUAUAUUUAUCAUAGUGUAUGAUUGUCGUGGUGAUAACAGACUUCAACUCGUAAGAAUCACAGGAAUCUUUCCUUUUUGGUGUUCUUUUUUUGCUCAGGGGAAAGAAGAAAAAGGAAAAAGAAUAUAUAAAUUAUGUUUAUUGUAAGA